UUCAUUUGGGAGAAUUGCCAGUGUUGGACGUGUGUCGAUGCCCUUUGAUUGCUGAUUCCUGAACGGCGUUGUAUCCUCGCUGAAUUUUGAGUAUUUCUUAGAAUUCUGGGAUUCCCUAGUUUACUUGUCGGCUUAAUCGCGGUAACCUGAGACUGUUCAAUACGUUUAUCCAGUUAUUUGAGGGAAAACAUGGCUGCCGUGUCGGAUUUCCAGAAGAAGAAGUUGCUGCACUUGUUCAACACGUUUUUCGAUUGCAAUAAGAACGGGACGAUCGAGCGGAAGGACUUUGACAUGGCACUGGAGCGCGUGGCUAGUCUGCGCCAGGUCAGCCAGGGCAGCGGCAAGUACCGCGAGGUGGAGGAAUCGCUGAACUACGUCUGGGAGCACCUGAAGAAGGUGGCCGACCGCGACAACGACGGCAACGUCUCGCAGCAGGAGUGGCUCAAGAUGUGGGAGGAGGCCAUCACCAGCCAACAGGAGCCGCAGUGGGUCAAACGCUACCAGGAUUUUCUCUUCGAAGUGGAGGACGUCAGCGGUGAUGGUAAAGUGGACGAGAAGGAGUUCGUGGCAGCAUACACGCAGUUCGGCAUCGGCCAGGACGAAUGCCGCGGGGCCUUCAAAAAACUGACCAACGGAACCGGUGGAGAAAUCAGCAAAGCCGAUUUUGAGAAGCGCUUCCGCGAAUUCAUCCUGUCGAAUGAGCCGUCCGCGCCCGGCAACUAUUUACUGGGAAAAUCCACUUUCUAAAUAAACAACCGUCAUCCAAGCUAACUAACGCCAUUAAAGAAGACCGCCACCGGCAAUUCAAUAACCUCCGUUCUCUGUUCUGUUUUGUCGAUUUCUCACAGUACCCGUCAGCGUUUGUGAAUCCGUGGAUUAUAAUGUGUUCAAAGUUCAAAGUAACUUUCUUCUUGUGAAAUGCACGCGUGCUUUACUUUCGCCAACCAGUUUUGCGGUUUUAUGUCGAAUACAGGCAUACAAGCCAUUGCACUGUUGCACAGUACUCUAGUAAAACGGGAAAUUAAGACGCUUACAAGCAUAUAU